UUUCUCUUUCUGCUGUCAAGCAGAAACCUAACCUGUUUGCGCUGAGCUGUUUACAGAAUGUCAAUUCGUCCUGAGAGGACUGUUAAUUCCACUCUGCAGUAAAUUUCUCUGGAACGUCCAAAAUGAAUAAUGCAAUCACAAUAUCAGUAACGAGGCCUAAAACAGGUCUUUUAGACAAACCCCUCAGUAAAGGAAAAGGAGACGUUAGUUUAAGUUCAUUUGCUUUGCUUUUCUCAGAACUUGUCCAGUAUUGUCAAAAUCGUGUAUACACCGUUCCAGAACUUCAAAAUAAACUAGCAGAUAUGGGUCAAGAUGUUGGAUCAAAAAUUAUUGACCUAUAUUUUGUUCGUGACCGUAGCUGGAAGCGAGAAACCAAACUCAUUCAUAUGUUGUUUUUCAUCAAAACUACUAUGUGGAAAUCAUUAUUUGGACGAGAUGCAGAUAAAUUGGAGCGUGCCAAUGAUGAUGAAGCAACUUAUUACAUUAUUGAAGACGAACCUCUCGUGAACAAAUACAUAUCUGUGCCCAAGGACAAGGGAAGUCUUAACUGUGCUGUCUUUACUGCUGGGAUCAUAGAAGCUGUCCUUAACGGCUGUGGAUUUGCUUGCAAAGUUACAGCACACUGGCAUAAAGGGACUACGUACAUGGUCAAGUUUGACGACCAUGUUAUCAGUCGAGACAAACAACUUGGAGAUCAGAAAUCUAUGUAAAACUAAUUAUCUAUUGUUCCAACAAAUAAUUUCUCUUUGGGAGAAAAAUUAUGAUCUAAAUUCAACGUUGUUAUUAUGUCUAAGGAUGAAAUUUUCAUUUAAGGUACAUGUUUGUUUGUAUAUAUUAAAAGUGUCUCUUUUUA